AUGGCCCGUGAGCGCGAUGGUUUCCUGUCCGAGAAACACUACGAUGCAGACGCCGUUGUUGUUCCCUCCGAUUCAGGAUCUGACACCGAAGUCGAAUUGGAGGCUGCAGGCCAUGUCAAGGAGGGCGAUAGAGAUAUUCUGAAAGAGACUGAAGAGCAUGAGAGGCUUUUGCAGAAACCUUCGGGACUGGAGACAGCACGAGCCGUGUUUGGGUUCCGCGAAGGAAGGCAAGAUGCAGCAAGCACUGCCGCCAAAGUUCGGAGGCACAGGCGCAAGAAGUCGAGGAGAAGUGGAAUGGAAUCUUCAGACAAAAUGUUUGAGAUGGAAAGCGGGUUCAAAGACACCAGCUCUCAGUCCUCCACGGACACCGAGUUCGAGGGUACAAAGUGGGACAGACAUGCUCCCAGAAAAUCCCAUCGUGGACGCCUGACCAUGAUCUAUCUGGCCAUCGUUGGACUCUUCGUCGCCCUGCUGUUCGGUGCCUACAAGGCCUCUAUGAAGAAACACCCUCUCGCGCCCACGGCUCACCGACUUACCAGAUACAACAACGGGACGCAUAUCUUCAGACCCACAACAAUACUUAUAUCUCUUGAUGGCUUCCGCGCUGAUUUUCUCAAUCGCAACAUUACCCCAGCGCUUCAUGCCUUUAUCGCGAGCGGUGUAUCCCCUAAAUACAUGCUCCCAUCAUUCCCAUCUGUGACCUUUCCCAACCAUUUCACCCUGGUGACUGGCCUGUAUCCUGAAAGUCACGGUGUUGUCAGCAACCAAUUUUGGGAUCCCGUGCUGCAGGAAGAGUUCUGGUACACCAACAUCAAUGUCUCGAUGCAACCAAAGUGGUGGAAUGGAGAGCCACUGUGGGUGACGGCCGAGCAUCAGGGCGUCCGUUCUGCGAUUCACAUGUGGCCGGGCUCUGAGGCCCAUAUCCCUGACGUGGAGCCGACAUAUGUGGACAAGUACAACGGCAGUGAAGUAUUGUCUCGUAAAGUCGACAGGGUUCUACAGUGGCUCGAUCUACCUGGUGAUGAUGACGAGGCUGCUGCCGCGCAUGAGGACUUACGACCACAGUUCAUCGCUGCAUACGUGCCGAACGUUGACGCGGACGGGCAUCUCUACGGUCCAAACAGUACAGAGAUCAGAGCAACCAUUGCAGAUGUCGACAGCAUGUUGACCUUGCUAAUUGAGGGCCUUCUUGCGCGCAAUCUUACCGAAAUUGUCAAUCUCGUAAUUGUCUCUGACCAUGGAAUGGCUACUACUUCCACAAAUCGACUUAUUCAACUUGACGAUCUCAUGGACAUGUCCUUGGUUGAUCAUAUCGAUGGCUGGCCUCUUCGGGGCCUGCGUCUCAAGAACCCAGCCCGCGAUCUCCCCAUACUUUACGAGCAGCUCUCUAAAGAAGCAGCAAAGGCAGGCAGUUUUGAAGUCUACACUCUCGAGACCAUGCCGGAGCGCUAUCAUUUCACCCAAAACGCCCGCAUCGCCCCUUUGUGGAUCAUUCCAAAAACCGGCUGGGCAGUUGUGGAAAAAUCCGAUUUUGACGUCGCCGAAGCAUUGAGUACGGGCAAAGAAUAUGCACCGAAAGGUCUGCACGGCUAUGAUCACGAGCACCCGCUUAUGAGAGCUAUCUUUGUGGCUAGGGGCCCUGCAUUCCCACAUGCACCCAACAGCCGAGUGCCCGUUUUUCAGAAUAUCGAGGUGUACAAUAUCAUGUGUGAUUCGUUGGGGAUUGCCCCGCAGGCGAACAAUGGGACAUUAAGGCUUCCCUUGCAGACCGAGGGGUUGCAUUCCGAGGGUGAUACACCAGGAUCGGAGGUAAUUGCGGAUCCAGUCGACGAAGAGAAACAUCAAGAGGAAGAUACUCCUGAUGGCAGUCCGAAUUUUCCAGUUAACCAUCCAACGGAACCUGAAAAUGGACAAGAGGCUUCAGUUGACGUUCCAACUGAACCUGAAGUAGACGAGACGCCAGAAGAUGAGACGACGGGGAAUGGGACAACCCCCAAUGAAGAGGAGGGAGCAAAGAAAGGAAGCUGGUGGAACUUUCUCCACGAAGAGCUCCAAAAAGCGAAAGAAUGGGCCAAAGAGUUCAUCGAAUCGAUCAAAGGUAAUAAGAAAGGAGAAGGCGAUCCGCCCGUGUGA